ACUCAUCAUUCCUCUUAGGGAAAACAAACUCCUCUCCAAACUCAUCUGCAAUAGUCUUUGGCUGCUUUAACUGGGACCUUAUGGGACAGAUAGACAGAGAUAUAGCUACGAUCCAGAAGUAGAGGAAAUUGUUGAUUGGAAGUUCCUAAUAGAUCAAUCGCAUUAGUUGAAAAGAAAUGGAUGGGACAAUUGAAGGCAUUGAUUGGACAUCGCAGUUGCCAGAAGAAUCCUUCCAUCAAAUACUAUCUUGCCUCUUCACAAAGGAAGCAGCUAGAACUAGUGUUUUGUCCAAGACAUGGCUACGAGCAUGGUCUACGUAUCCCAACUUGGACUUUGUCGAAAGCUACUUCAUGAAAGAAUCCCUUUCUAAUUGUUCGGAUGCAGAUUUAAAAGGGAAAGAUGAUCCAAAGAUUCAAGAAACGAGAGAGAAGUUCUUGCACUAUGUGGACAAAACCAUGCUAAGAUAUCACAAGGAGAGGACAUCAAUCAACAAAUUCAGGCUUCAUAUAACCAGUGUCUAUCCAAAAUGGGCUUCUAUUAUUGACAAGUGGAUUGAAAUUCUGGUUCAAAAACACAUUGAAGAGCUAGAACUCCAUUUAUCAGAUUCCGCUUUCCUUGGGUCUUUAUUAAAGAAGCACCUUUGUAAUGGAAUCAUCAAGUGUUACCCCUUGCAAAUGCUUGAUCUCAAGAAAGUCUGUAUCAAUGAAGAGGAGAUUCAAGACAUAUUCUCUAGAUGCCCUUUAAUUAAGGAAUUGCGUCUUCUUGACUGUCGCGGAUUGAAAAAGUUGCAGGUGGCUAAUCUUCAUAAUCUGAAGACAGUUCAUGUCAAGAAUAUUGAGGAAGUAGAGAUCAGGGCGGCACCAAAUCUUCAAUCUUUCAACUAUGUUGUUACCAAUGGCCUCCCUUGGAUGUUCAACAUUGAUUCAUCUCCACAUCUUAAAGAUCUUAUGCUUAUGGGAUUGGGCAUCACGGACAGAUUUUUCCAUGAUCUUAUCGCUAGAUUUCCUUUGCUCGAGAAGUUAGAACUGAGGUUUUGUCAUGAGAUUAGAAGGAUCAACAUAUCAAGUCAUAUUCUCAAGAGCUUUGUUCUGAGGUAUUGUCUGAAGUUGGUGGAGGCAAAGAUUGAUGCUCCAAAUCUACUUUCAGUUAAGUACGAUAUAAUGCCCUCCUUAUCUAUUACUACUACCACUUCUCCCCAGAAAUGGGAGCCCAUUGAUAAUUUUCUUGGAGGUAUAACUGGUCUUUCGUCGUUCAUUUGGUUGAGAGAGUUUAUCAUGAGUUUUAAUCAGUCGGUAACUUUGGGAUUUAAUGUGUUUGACUGGCCUGAAAAGAAGAGGUUGAAGAAGGUAGACUUGAAAAGAAUGCCUCUCAUUGAUCAGGUACCUGUAAUAGAGCAUUUGAAGCUGAGAGUAUUUUCUGAUUUAAGGUUGUGUUAUGAAUCUCUUGUGGAUAGCUUGUUCUGGAGUUGUCAUCCUAGGAAGCUGUCUAUACUAUCAAUUAAGUUAAACAAAACAUUGAUAGAGAAACUGUGUGAGAUGCUGAUGGAGAGAGAAGAUGAUCCUUGCUGCUGCAGUUCUAGUGAUAGCAAAUGCUGGCGACAUCAUUUGAAAAAUGUGGAGAUUGGGCGCUUUGAACUGAAGAAUAAAGUUGAGAGACACCUCUUCACUUGAAAACUUCAUCAGAUUUAUUUCCUUCUCUUGGAGAACACCAGGGGAUUUAUUUUAAAUUAAAGUGGUGAGUUGGAAUGGAGCUCAGCUUUUGAACACUUUGAGGCGUUGUUCAAGAUUGAGGAAAAUGAAAGUGAUCGAGCAGGAUCGCAGCAGAAUAAAUUAUGCUUAAAGAAAAGAGAGAAGAAAAAAAUUGUGUUUGUAUCAUGAUUAGUAGUCGGGUAGAAUAAGAUAUUUCUUGCUUGGUUAUCAAAAGUAAAGGUAGAACAUGAUUUCUUCUAUCUGUGUUUCGUGAAAUGAUAGAAGAGAGACGAUGCUUCAACUUUCAUUUUGAAUUAAGUAAUGAUUUGAUA